AUGCCUCUCUUCAUUCUUUCCGAAACAAGUGCGGGCUAUGCCUUGUUCAAGGCUAAGGACAAGAAAUUGCUCGAUAGCGGCGAUCUGGCCUCCCGACUCGAGUCUGCAGACAAGAUCAAUGGAGAGUUGAAGCUCAAGGAACUUGUAAAAUGGGACAGCGCCGCCGCCGGUCUGGAGGAGAUUGCGGGCUUGAUCGAGGGAAAGGUCACUCCUAUGCUAUCGAAGUUGCUCGAGGGGCUCAAAGAUGAGAAGAAGGCCACCCUCGCCGUCGCCGAUAAAACCCUUGGUAACGCCAUCCACAAACUCCCUCAAUUCAACAUCACCCCCGUCACCGAUUCAACGACCGCCGAACUCUACCGUGGUAUUCGCGCUCAUCUUACCGAUCUCAUUCCCGGGAUCCUACCCGAGAAUCUCCGCAGUCUCUCGCUCGGUCUCUCUCAUUCGCUCUCCCGCCAUAAGUUGCGAUUUUCUCCUGACAAGGUGGAUGUCAUGAUCAUCCAGGCCAUCUCUCUGCUAGACGAUCUCGACAAGGAGUUGAACACAUAUGCCAUGCGUGUCAAGGAGUGGUACGGCUGGCACUUCCCCGAACUGGGCAAGAUCCUCAAUGACAACCUUGCCUACGCCCGUGUUAUCCUGACUGUCGGCCUGAGGACUAAGACUGCCGAGACCGAUUUGUCGGAGAUUCUCCCCGAGGAAAUCGAGGCUGCUGUGAAGUCUGCUGCUGAAGUCAGUAUGGGUACUGAGAUCACUGAGGAAGAUCUGAUCAACAUUCAGCUACUGGCCGAGCAGGUCGUUAGUUACACUGAGUACCGUGCUGAGCUUUCCAGGUAUCUCGAUGCCAGAAUGAAAGCUAUCGCUCCUAACCUGACCGAGCUUGUUGGUACUCUGGUCGGUGCUCGACUUAUUGCCCACGCAGGUUCUUUGAUGAACCUCGCCAAGAACCCCGGUUCAACCAUUCAGAUCUUGGGUGCUGAGAAGGCUCUGUUCCGUGCCCUGAAGACAAAGCACUCUACUCCCAAAUAUGGUCUCAUCUAUCAUGCUUCUCUUGUUGGUCAAGCUACCGGCAAAAACAAGGGCAAGAUUGCCCGUCAGCUGGCAUCCAAGGCUGCUCUUGGUGUUCGUUCCGAUGCCCUCGGUGAGUUCGGAGACGACGAUGACGAGGAGGUCAGGUCUGCGCUGGGAGUUGCUGCCCGUGCCAAGAUCGAGAACAACCUACGAAGACUGGAAGGCAAGCCCCUUCUUGCCAAGGGCGUGGCUGUUGGGCCCAAUGGUCAGGCUGCUGCGGCACCCAGCAAAUGGGAUGUCAAGGAAGCCAGAAAGUACAACAUCGAUGCUGAUGGUCUUGCUGGCGAUGAGCCGGCAGCCAAGGCUGAGAAGAAGGACAAGAAGGAGAAGAAGUCCAAGAAAGCACUCAUUCAGGAAGUAGAAGAAGAUGAGGAGAUGGAGGAUGCGCCUGCUCAAAACGGAACUGCAAAUGGUGCUCGCUCGCCCACACUCUCCCCUGUAUCAGACGACAGCGAUGUCGAGCCCGCAGACAAGUCUGAGAAGAAGGCGCAAAAGAAGCGACGCAAGGAGCGUGAAGUCCGCCGUGCUGCUCAGACGGAGCAGGCCGAGCGCCGCGCCGCUGCUGCUCCUGCAACUGGUAAACCUGUUACUGAGGCAGACUUUGAGCGUCUUGCCAAGCUUGCGGGCAUCCCCGUCACCAAGUUUAAGAGGAAGUUCGAGCGUGGCGACGUAGAGCUGAACGAGGAUGGCACCCCGCGUGUCUUCUCCAAGAAGGAGCUGAAGAAGCUGCGCAAGGCCGAGGAGGCGGGCGAGUCGAGUAGCAAGAAGCGAAAGGUUGAUGAGGACGAGGAAGAGAAGCCGAAAAAGAAGAAGAAGCGGUCAUCAGAUGUCAAGGCAUAA